AUGGGUUUCCAACAUUCAUUGAUCCUUCUUCCAAUCCUGGUUGUGACAUCCUCGUUCGCUCAGACUGACAUAACAGUUCCCGCGGUUCGCGUGGUUCGUCUACAGGUCGACUAUCGGAAUGCUUCAAUUGAUCAUUUGCAAAAAAUAAACAAAUGGAACGGAAUAAUGAGAAACAGUGUUUUGGCAUCUUUGAAGUUUAUCAAUAAACACUGGCUCAUUUGUGGAGGAACUCCAAACGAAGAAUCUUCUCGAAAUGAUUGUGGAAAGGCCCAGAUAACCGGAGAAACUGUUGGAGAUCAUCAUUAUCGAAUCAAUAUCACAUUUAUCGCUGAAAGAGAUCCAGUGAGGAACGUAAAAGUUGAAGCGACGUCGACAAUCCACGCAGUGUCACAUAUCGGGCUCAAAGGCGGCAUUUUCCAGUAUACGAACGCUUUGAAAGUUCUCGGAAAACCUGAGCCGAAACUCGAGUUCGACGAAGCAUUCUUCUGUUAUCGCGGAGCAACACUUGUCGAUGGUGACAAAUGCCAACUUUGUCCGCCUGGCACAUUUUUCGAUGAAUUUGAUGAGAAAUGCAUUCCGUGCCCAAAAGGAGAUUAUCAAGACGAACAUGGAAGGGCUUCAUGUAAAAAGUGUCCUGACGCGACGACAACAGUAUCGACGAAAACUUCAAAGAAAGAGCAAUGCAUUAGCAUUUGCCCGCCGGGAUUUUAUUUUGACGUUGCUUCGAAAAUAUGCGAAACGUGUGGACUACGCGGAUAUCAACCCGAAUAUGGACAAGACAAGUGUAUUCCAUGUCCACAAGGAACUGUUCCGAUUUACCAGAAUUCGACUUCAAUUGCUCAAUGCCUUGACAAAUGCCGACCGGGACAUCAAAGAUCCGUCGAUGGAUCAACUUGUGAGCCUUGUCCGAUUGGAUCAUUCAAAUCCGAAUCUGAUAUGGUGUGCAUGAUGUGUCCAACCGGUAGAACGACACUUUCAAAGGCGUCCAAGAACCUCGCAGCCUGUCACAUUAAAAUUUGCUUUCCUGGAACUAUUCUUGAUCAGAGCACAUUCAAAUGUUUACCAUGUGAUUAUGGAACGUAUAUGGACGAAUAUGACGGGCGAAUUUGCAAGACGUGCCCGGUUUCCACAACCACGUAUCAGCAAGGAGCAAACAGUGCGAAAAUGUGCGAAUGGACGAAUCAGUGCAAAGCGGCAACGCAUAACUGCCAUUGGCUUGCCGCCUGCAUCGACCUUCCCGACGAAAAUCACAAGAAAAUGUACUCGUGCAAAUGCAAGCCCGGUUUCGUCGGAAACGGUUUUCAUUGCGUCGACGCCUGUCUGGGUUACUGUAAGAAUGGAGGCCAGUGUCUGAAAACAGGACGCGGCGAAACGAAAUGCCAAUGUCCGAACGGAUUUGGCGGUCAGCGAUGCCAAAUUGGCGAGCAAAACGAACGAUAA